AUGAUUCCUAACCGUAUACUCUACCGAACAGUUGAUGCUGUUGCAGCGGUUACAGCAGCUCAUGUUACAGUUCCGACUCCUGCUCGAAUUACUCAGACAGUUCUUGUGAUGAUUCCUGCUCUUGUCAACACUAUCAGUACUCCUGCUCCAGUAGUUGUAGUUGCAGUUGCUCGUCUUCGUCAUCUUACACCUCUAGUUCCUACUCAAGCAACAGUUCGCUUAAAGGCAGAAGGAACUUGA